AUCGCGUUUGGUUUGGAGUAGAGUUCGGACCGUUCGGACUUUGGAGCAACGGAAACGGAAAGGAGGAAGUGAAACACUGUACUGACUGUACGUGUACGGGUACAGUAGCGACUUAGCGACGACGUGGUCGACCUCGACGUAUGUACGGGCGACGAAUGUCGAGGUUUCUCAGUUUGCGGAGGAGAUGCGCGUCCCAGGACUCCCAGGGGACCGCGGGGCAAUGAGUAACGACGAGUCGGCCGGAAAGCGGGUCAUGAAUAGCGCAAAAUGAGAAGAACGUUUAACGCCGCGGCGGAGGUCCGUGCAGCGGACUGCCUCGAAGUCACGAGACGUCUGCACAAAAGCGUGACGGAGAUCGUGAAGAAAUUGGACGAGCAAAAGAAUCGUGCCCUGACAGUAAGCGAUAUAUUUGUUCCAUCUGGGAAGAUUCAGCGCAUGAAACUUAAGGAUUAUUGCGAGAGACUGAUUUUGAAAGACCCCGUUGGAAACGCGCAUAAAAUUGAGGAGCUACUGUGGAGAAAGGCUUUCUACGAUGUUGUGUACACAGCCAAAAAAUUACGGAAGGGUAAUACCUGGAAUGAUAUGGAAAAAACACUGCUUUCGGUCCAUUUGGCUGGAGGUGUGGGAUAUUAUCAUCAUCUGAUAAUGAGGCUGCAAAUGGAAUAUGAUUUAGACCUUGUUGGUGUUGUCGAUUUUGCUUUCAUUUACAAUGAAAGUAUUUCAUCAUGCGCAAGAACUAAAACAGGCCAACCUAAAAAUCACACAAAGGAGCUCAAACAAUGUGUCAUGCGAUUGAUCCAUCGAAGUUUGGUAUGCCUUGGAGAUUUGAGUAGGUACAAAUUAGAAUUAAAUUCGAACUGGGAUCCAAUGAUAGCAAACAGGUAUUAUCAGAUGGCUAUAGCAAUUGAUCCAAACCUUGGUAUGCCUCACAAUCAGCUUGGUACUAUAGCAGGCAAUAAAAAUUAUGGAUUAGAUGCAGUCUAUCAUUACAUGAGAAGCGUUUUGUGUUCUGAGCCAUUUGAGGGGGCAGAAGGAAAUUUAAAGAAAAUUAUAAUAACUCAGUCCAGCUAUACAGAUGAAGGCAAUUCUGUCCAGCAUUGCGUCUCGCGAUUAUUUUCUUUAUUACGUUUAUGGGAUUAUGAAAAUCCAUAUUCUGACAAGAUAAAUCAAGAAUGUCAGGCUCUAUUAACCGAUUUAGAGAAUUGUUUGACAAUGGAUCAAAUCGAGGCAAAUAACGCAAAUUGUCUAGAAAGCGUGGAUAACAUAGAAACAUAUCUUCAAAAUUGUAAAAACAGACCAACGCUUUGUUUAACAGACGACAUGGUGUUUAAGAUUGUGACAAUAUGCUUAAUGUCAAUUUCUAGAUUAAAGAACAAAGAAUCCAACGAAGUACAGGGCGUUGUUGCCAUAACUUUAGCGAUACUAUCGCAAUUGCUAGAAUUUAUAAUAACAAAACUCCAAGAAAUGAUCAUAGAAACGGCAGUGCCUGAUGUAGAAGCAACUGUGAAAGGAGAUACUUAUUCUACCAAGUUGAAAAAUGCACAGGAAAAUCAGGCGUCAACUGAAUUGGGAAACAAUGGGGAUCACAUAGAAGAAAAAGACUCUACACGGAGCAAAGACAAUAAUGUACUCAAUUUAGAUGAGAAUAAUAAAGCCAAGUCGUCAGACAAUGGAAUCACGAACGAAUCAGGUCCCAAAAAGACUCGCGACAAAUCGAAAAGUCUUCUCAACAAGCUUCGUAGACGAAAAAGGAGAACUAGCUCCGAUUCAGAUGCGAGCGACAUAGACCAAUCAACUCUGGCAUCGUCCAGUGACGAAGUCAAUUCUGAUGUGUCUGAGACGGAGGGAGACGACGCAUUGUCAGAUGAGAAUACGGACGACGAAGAAUCGUCUCCAGAAAAUAAGAUUCAGACUAUCGAAAACGUAGCGCAGAUAGCGAAAGAAGAGAUGAACGGCCAUGGCAGCGAUAUCACUGAGAAAACGGAGACGUGCGAUAAGGACGGUACUGACCAUUUGGUCAACGGCCAACAGCACGCGACUGAUCAGCAGACAGACUCGAAAGCGAUGAGUGAUAAGGAUUCCAUAACAAAUUCCAGCAGUGCCGUGACCAUCACGAACACGGACUCGACUAGUACCUUCGAGGAAGGGAACGCGAAUACCAUUUUUUAUGUGACACAAUUGAAGAAGAACUUAAAGUCAGAUGACAUUCUGAACAUAUUGGUUGGCAAGGAGAUCCUCGUGUCUAUAAAAGUGUGCUGCGACUGGCUCCAAAGUAAUCCUGACAUCGUGAGGAUAUGCGCCAAGAGUUCACGGACAUUGUUGAAGCGUUUUACGAUCCUGUUAAAUCUAAUCGACGUGGACAUCGAGACUCUUGUGCAGGGAAGCGAGGAUUCCACGAUUCUAUCCAGCGUUGAGAGAUUGAAGGAGUGUGUGAAAAAGAUACCUCUACCUGAGGACAUUGAUCUUCGAGGAUUGAAUUUGCUGGAGAACGCUUACAAAACUCUCGAUUGGGAAAUACUUCGUAAACACAGAAUGAACAAGCGGGAAGAAACGCUACUGAGAGUGUUGAAGCUAAUCGAAUUUGGGCAUCAUCUUUGUUCUGUCGAGAAUUCAAGGGUGCAGUACGAUCAGACCGAGCGCGUGUUCAUGGUAACGGACGCGAGCUCCUCGAACGCUCCAAAGGUGGUGAUAGGUCUGGACGAGAAGAACUUUGGACCGGAACAUUCGAAAGGGAAGCUCAUGAGACACAUGGGCAAAUUGUGGCUGAGCGCCGAAGUUCGAGCUCUAGAGAGUCAAUUAAGAUCUCGAUGGAUUUCGCCAUACCUUGUUCCCGAUCAUGAAGCUUUAACCAAGCAUACGUCAGCUCUAAAACGCUUGGUAUACGCAAAGAAAUUUGUAGUGGUUAUUCCCGCGGCUGUUGUCUCUGCUCUGGAUGAAAUGAAACGUGUAAGCCCUCAGGCGAGAGAAGCGACGCGAUGGCUGGAGAACCAAUUGAGGCGUGGCACAAGAUGUUUACGGGCGCAAAGACCUCACGAGCGUUUGGCGCUGCCGUUAAUAAAAGGACCAAGACCAAAGGACAAGGAAGCGUGGUUAUUUUUCCAGAUAAUAGAGUGUUGUCACUUCCUUACUCAACAAGCAAAAGUCGGUCUUACUGGUGACGGGGAGGUACCAGUUGUAACCCUUCUGACUGGUUCCAGACCGGAUGAUAGGAAAGCUAUGACUUUCAGUCCCGAUGGAUUAGCAAAAAGUGCAGGUGUUAAUCUCGAGCACAUAGAAGCGUUUCAAAUAAAGUGGAAGUCGUCAAUCAAGAGUUACGGUUGAGCGAAAUAUAUCACUCCUGCGGGAUUACCUGUCGCUAAUCUCAUUCAGAGAUACUUAUCCAUUGCUCGGGUAUACAACCGGAUUUUAAGCCGAUCAACAGACAAGCACGGCAAGAGGGUUGGAAACCCGCGGAUAUAUGAAACGGAAAAUCGACGAAAUAAUCUUUUACUGCUGCUAAAUCGAUGCCGGCAGAGAACGUCAUUUUCCACCACAGAAGAAUCCUAAGUAAUGGAACGAUGUUUUUUUCUUCUUGCUAAUUAUUCGUAUUGCCAUUUAUGUUUAAAAAGAUUGUAUUUUUAAGUAAACGUUUUUAAGUAAUCCGCGCGUUCUCUCCAGCCCUAUUAUCCAGUCGACGAGUCGCAGCUGUUUGCAGACGCGAAUUAACACGCUGCUGAAAAUCGGAAGGCAUGAAUUUAAAUGGGCGUUACAGUCACGUUUAUUGAAAUAAUCGAGGACCGUCCAAAUUCGGGAUAACGCU